AGUUUAGAACCCUAUGUUCUUCUGUCUUCACUCUUCACGACGCUGCUACUCCUCUUCUUCGUCAUCUCCGACCCGUCGCCUCUCACCUCAUCUCUGUUCGUCGUCUUCGUCUCUGGUCUGAAUCAGCCUCAUCUCUGCUCGUCGUCUUCGUCUCUGGUCUGAAUCAGAAACCGUUCCUUCCUUUGAUUUUGAUUUCAACUGUUUAAGAAGUUUGAAGUGAAAGCAGCGUUUACUUCUCUUCCCAGGGGACACCACACCACACCAUGCCUUCUGCACCGUCAAAACUCUAUGCAGAUGAUGUUAGCCUUCUCGUGGUGACGCUAGACACCAAUCCUUUCUUCUGGAGCACUUAUUCAUUUCCCUUUUCCGAUUUUCUCUCUCAAGUACUUGCUUUUCUCAAUUCAAUUUUGCUCCUCAGUCAAAUUAACCAAGUCGUCGUUAUCGCCACCGGCUGCAAUUCAUGUGGCUAUGUUUACGAUUCCACUUCAAACAAGAACCAUGCUUCCACAACCGGUACAAUGCCCGCACUUUAUUCCAAUUUUCUCCACAAUCUCGACGAAUUUGUUGCUAAGGACCAGAAAUUGGCAAUGGCAACUGCUAACGCACCGGGAACUGUUCCACCUUCACUGCUAUCGGGGUCCUUGUCCAUGGCCCUCUGUUAUAUACAGAGAGCUUUUCGUUCAGGACCCAUGCAUCCUCAACCUCGGAUUUUAUGCUUGCAAGGAUCUGCUGACGGACCAGAACAGUAUGUUGCAAUCAUGAAUGCAAUAUUCUCUGCGCAGCAUUCUACCGUGCCUAUAGAUUCUUGUUAUAUUGGUCCUAACAAUUCCGCAUUCCUCCAGCAGGCUUCAUACAUAACUGGUGGCAUAUAUUACAGGCCUCCCCAAAUGGACGGGCUUUUUCAAUAUCUUUCAACAGUGUUUGCCACAGACUUACAUUCUCGUGCAUUUUUACGGCUUCCUAAAUCCGUAGGUGUGGAUUUUCGUGCAUCGUGCUUCUGCCAUAAGCAAACAAUUGACAUGGGCUAUGUAUGUUCUGUAUGUUUAUCCAUAUUCUGUGAGCAUCAUGACAAGUGUUCAACCUGCGGGUCUGUAUUUGGCCAGGCUCAACCAGAUGUUGCCUCAGCAGCCGACCGGAAAAGAAAGGCUUGAUACAUUAUGUUGUAUCCGGGCGGGCGCUUAACAUUUAUUUUGUCACGUCCAUCAAGCGAGCUGACCGGCUAAGGUUCUCUUCCAUACAUGUAGCAUAAUGCAAUUUUGGAACCAAAUUCCUUUUUCGUCUGUCUUGAUGGGAAACUGAAGUUUAUUAUGGGAGAUCAUUGUAGGUCUAGCAUCUACCUGGAUAAUUAAGUGCUUAACAGGAUCUCUUUGUAUGGGAGCUGCAUAAAAGGCUUUUACCUGAAAGGUCUCAGCUCCUUUAGAAAGCUAUGAUUUGCAUUAUGUUCACAUGGUCCGCUGAGUUCUUUAUUUAAUACCAUCUUUUCCUUUCUGAUUAGCUAUCAUGAAUUUGAAAAUAUUGUGAGUAGUAUGGGUGUACUGAGCACUCUACAUCCUUUACCAAAUAUGAAAAAAAAUAAUAUAUUUAUACU